GUGAUGAUAACCUGCGGGCAGAACUUAAGUCUUAUCUGAAAUCGAGGCUAACAGAUACCAUAUUAGACGUCAACACCGUCGGUUGUGAGCUUACAAUAGCAACAUCACGUUUCCCUGAACUCCAGGGAGUCGCCAUCAGUGACAGUGACAGGAGCAUGAUAGCAGCCGGAGCAGACCUCAACAGAAGCUUUGUGCAUAUUCCACGUUACGAGUCGCCAACAGCAGAUACUACCGUAGAGUCAUGCCGCCAUACAAUAAGAGAGGCUACGGUCCGCCAGCCGACGGGGACGUCAGGGAAAAGGAGCUGAGACUUGAUGCCGAGGUGGAGGAUGAACCGGAAGACGACCAGAAAGAGCUUCAAUACGGAUGGGGAUCGUGGAAGCCAAAGUGUCUGCAGGUGUUCAACACUAUCCGCUGGUACGUGUUUUGGACGUCGGUCUUCAGUCUGUUCCAAGGCUUUACAAUCAACGGCGUCACCAACGCAAUCAUCAGCUCUUUAGAGACACGGUUUGAGCUGUCCAGCUCCUUGUCCGGCCUCAUCAUCAGCUCCAACGACUUCCUCGCUCUCUUCCUCGUUCUCGUCAUCAGCUACUACGGCGCUACACGCAACAAACCUCGUCUCAUCGCUGGUGGCAUCUUCCUCCUGGGACUGGGGUCGUUUGUGUUUGCUCUUCCACACUUCAUUGCAGGUGUCUACAACUAUAAGUCCUCGGAUGUCCACGAAACAUCAUGCACAGAGAUAGGCAACAGUACCGAGUGCGGUGUACGGAAAGAGUCCUACCUACAAAACUACGUCUACUUCUUCAUGCUCGGUAACGCGCUGCACGGAGCUGGAGCCACGCCCAUGUUUACCCUCGGAACGACCUUCAUUGAUGAGAACACACAGGCCAAGAUGACGUCUUUUUAUCUAGGUAUCGUAUAUGCUGCUGCAUCGCUCGGUGUUGCUUCCGGUUACACAGUGGGCGGACAAUUCCUCAAUGUCUUCACCGACGUUGACAAAGUCGACGUCUCAAAAAUAGACUUGACCCCUGCGGAUCCCCGCUGGGUCGGGGCGUGGUGGGUCAGUUUCCUCAUCAGUGGUGGUGUCAUGUUUAUCAUCGCCUUGCCCAUGCUUGCCUACCCCACAAUAUUACCAGGUAGCGCCGCAAUUCAGGCAGCCCGGAAGUCAGAAGCGUAUCAAGAUUUCAACUCUGAAACGGACAGAGAUGACUUUGGCAGAAGCUGGAGGGACUUCCCGAGGGCGAUGGGGAGUUUGAUCAAGAACCCAACGUUCUUCUUUUUGUCGCUGGCGUCGUGCAUGGGGGGUAUGGCUGUUAGCGGAAUGGCGGCUUUCGGCGCCAAGUUUCUCCAAGAGCAGUUCAACCUUCAGGCUGCCUACGCCAGUAUGAUCAUGGGGGCGAUAACUGUGCCAGGUGCAGGAGGAGGGAUGCUGUUCGGGGGAUACAUCGUCAAGAAGAUGGAGCUAAAGUGUCGCGGCAUCAUCCGGCUCUGCAUGAUCGUUUGUGGCAUCGCUCUCGUCGUGGGCGGCCUCUUCCUCAUCCAGUGUCCUAAACCCAAGAUGGCGGGCGUGACAGUGCAGUACAGUACACUUGAAUCUCGAGAAGGAAAGAGUAAUCUGAUAGGAUCCUGCAACUCGGCCUGUCACUGCUCGGAGCUCAACUACGAACCAGUGUGUGGAGCGGACAAUGUCAUUUACUUCUCGCCAUGUCACGCGGGAUGUUCUCUGCAAUAUGAUUGGACAGAUGGGCCCAUGGGCCCCAUAAAGAUGUAUAGGAAUUGUUCCUGUGUGGAGAAUAGCUUACACCUGAUGAACAUGUCAGCGUGGUCUGACAACGUCACAGCGGCUGCGGACACAACGUUCUCAUUAACCAACAACAUCACAGUCCCGGGCGCCAUGGACGGUAUCUGUCCGUCUGACUGCUACUUGCUGUACGUUGUGGCGCCGUUGCUGUUCCUGGGAAUGUUGCUCACGUUCACGGUCGUGUCGCCAUCACAGACAGCAACUCUCAGAUGUGUUCCAGGUGGCCAGCGAUCUCUGGCUAUUGGCUUCCAGUGGUUGUUCCUGAGACUUGGAGGCACCACGCCAGGGCCCCUGAUGCUGGGGACCAUCAUAGACAGUGCCUGCAGGGUGUGGCAGGACAUCUGCGGACAGACAGGGUCGUGCUGGAUCUACGAGAAGUCCGAGAUGGGUAUACGUAUUUUUAUCUGGUGGAUCAUGGUGAAAGGAGUCGCCGUCUUCUUCUUCUUCCUCGCCCAGUAUUUCUACAGACCUCCGCCAGAGGACUCUGCACUUGAGGAAGAGAAAGGAGACCUGAAGAAAACAAUCACAGAUAGGGAGAGUGUGUUUUGAUGCCUGGCAUCAUCAAGGGCAUGAUUGGACGUCCGGAUGGAGCACUUCAGACAAGGGUGUGUACAGUGGGGUUCUGUGCCAUCACAUGUAGCUGUAUAGGAGAUCGACAACCUGUUCGGGUUAUGAUGAAGAACUAGCGUCAUGGGAAGAAAUCGUCACGAAAAAUAGUUUAUUCUCAGGAAUUUUGAAAAUAAAUUCAUUUACAGAUACAGAUUGCACCCGAUUGUGACCCUCCGUUUCUCUGAGUAGCUUUGCUUGCUGGUAAAGGUCAUCGUUGUAUGUUACUGAGUUGUUCUCUAGAUAACACACAACGGAAUACCUGGGAUACCGUUCCACGUCUCAUUGUCCCAACGCCACCUUUCAACAAGCACUCAGAACUUACUUUUAAAUGGCUGAUGUUUGUUCACACGUAACUAAACUCGUGGCAUUUCACGUCUGUAUGUACGCAGAGCUUUCUUUGAACAUUUCAUUUUAUUUCGUGCCAAUGCAUUGUUGACACCAGAUCGAGGCACAAUCGUCAGUAUUUUCGACAUGCUGCAUCAUCCACACAGUCAGACCACACCAUAGCAACAGUUUCUAUAACGUCAGCUGCUAUGUAAAUAGGAAGCAGUUAAUCCUAGUAGAAGGAUAUUCGUGUUACAAAUAUAAGUGUGAAAAAAUAAUAUUUUCCAGAUAAAACCACAGUUUCGUGUUCACGAAUGUUGUUGUGUUUUUGUUUAAUAAACACUAUAAAAUA